AUGGGCGAGUGCAAGGCACAGUGGGCUAUGGGUGAGGGCAAAGCACAGUGGGGUAUGGAUGAGACAUACUCCGGCCUCUUCUGCGUGGUGGUGAACCCCUACCGCCGCCUGCCCAUCUACACGGAGAAGGUUAUCGAGAUGUACAAGGGCAAGAAGCGCCACGAGAUGCCGCCCCACGUCUUCGCCAUCACAGACUGCGCCUACAGGUCCAUGUUGCAAGUGACUUCCCCUCAAACCGUCCGCGCACAUACGUGGAGAGCAUUUUUCCCCUCUCCGUAUCUUGUUCAAACAUACUCCGGCCUCUUCUGCGUGGUGGUGAACCCCUACCGCCGCCUGCCCAUCUACACGGAGAAGGUUAUCGAGAUGUACAAGGGCAAGAAGCGCCACGAGAUGCCGCCCCACGUCUUCGCCAUCACAGACUGCGCCUACAGGUCCAUGUUGCAAGACCGCGAGGACCAGAGCAUCCUGUGUACCGGUGAAUCAGGCGCCGGAAAGACGGAGAACACCAAGAAAGUGAUCCAGUACCUUGCCUACGUGGCCGCCUCCAAGGCCAAAGCGGGAGCGUCCACGGAUGAGCAGCACACGGGCAGCGUCUUCAAGUCCGUGAGUAAAAGAGUCUUGUAAAAUUCUCCUUUUUUUUUUAAACUGCUGUGCCUGUCUGUGCUACUCACUCACUCACUCACUCACUCACUCACUCACUCACUCACUCACUCACUCA